AUGGUCGUUGCCCAUGUGCCAUUGACUGUGAGAGCGGUUGACCUGUGCGAGAAAGAAAAUGCGGAGCACCAUCGUACCGAUCGUUAUAAGCUCAUCACCAUGGACAAACCAACGCUGGUUCUGCGACGUGGUCAAAGAUUCAAACUGAUAUUACGCUUUGACCGCCCUUUCGUUGAAGGCACGGACAUUGUUCGCAUUUCGUUCAGUUUCGGAGCUGAUCCCAAUGUGAUGAGAGGUACGAAAGGAAUCAGCACCGUUACCAGAAAAACUUCUGUUCCGGAUGACUCGAAGGUCUGGAAGAUGCACCCAAUUGAUUUGAAGUCGGAGAACAUCACCAUCGAGAUUGAAAGUCCAGCGAAUAUUCCAGUCGGAGUUUGGAAAGUCAAAAUUCAUACGGCUGUAUCGGGAGAUGAGAAGACCACCAACACGUACGAUUCAGACCGCGACAUUUAUUUCCUGUUCAAUCCAUGGGUGAAAGAGGAUCUUGUUUACAUGGAAGACCAGAAACUACUCGAAGAGUACGUGAUGAGCGACAUAGGAAAGAUUUGGGUAGGAACCGAAAAACACCACAGCGGCAGAGGAUGGGUGUUUGGUCAGUUCGACGCUUGUGUUCUUCCAGCGUGUGAAUUGAUGCUCGAAAGAUCUGGAAUCAAGGACGUGGCUCGAGGAGAUCCAAUAAAGAUGUCCAGAGCAAUAUCGAGAAUAGUGAACGCAGAUGACGACAGCGGAGUUUUAGCUGGUCGUUGGGACGGAGAAUACGACGACGGAGUUUCUCCAUCCAGCUGGACAGGCAGUGUCCCAAUCUUAAAGAUUUUUCUGGAAACCAAAAAUUCAGUUUAUUGGGGCCAAUGCUGGGUGUUUGCAGGAGUGAUGAACACCGUCUGCAGGGCAUUGGGACUGCCUGCGAGACCGGUUACAAAUUUUGUCUCUGCACACGACUCCGACAAAACUUUGUCCAUUGACUGCUACUUUAACAGUCACCAUGAACCUUUGCAUCGCGAUCCGACCACGGGAAAAACAUUCCGAGACGUGGUCUGGAACUAUCACGUCUGGAACGACGUUUGGAUGGCGAGGCCUGAUCUGCCCAAGGGUUACGGUGGGUGGCAAGCCGUUGAUGCCACACCUCAGGAGAUAUCUGAUGGCAUGUACCAAUGUGGUCCAGCCUCCGUCGAGGCGAUCAGGCAAGGCGCUGUGGGCUUCAAUUAUGACAUUCCCUUCAUGGUAUCCACCGUCAACGCUGACAUUAUGCAUUGGAUAGAAGACAAACAAAGUGAAUCUGGAUGGAGGAAAAUCAACUCCUCCAAGGAUAGUGUUGGACGGAUGAUUGUGACCAAAGCACCCUUCGUCUUCAAACCAUACGAUGACGGAGACCGAGAGGACAUCACGUCGUCCUACAAACCGAUGGAAGGCACAACGGAAGAGCGGUUGGCUCUGUACAGAGCUGCUCGUAGUUUGGAUGGCGCAAGGAUGUCCUAUACUAUUCCUGAGGCCACUGAAGAAGAUUGUGAAUUCACUCUGGUCGAUCUCGACACAGUGAAUAUCGGAGAUCCUUUCUCCGUUCAGGUCAAUAUCAAGAAUAAUUCUAAAGAGCAACGACAUUUCCAAGCAAAUUUAUCAGCCAGAAGUGUCUACUAUAACGGUAAUCCAGGACAUAUGAUAAGAUCGGCGGUUGCGCAUUUCACUCUUCAGCCCAAUGAACGAGAAGUACUUCGCUUGCCAAUCACCGCCGACCAAUAUCUGGACAAGUUAGUCGAGUAUUGCCAUCUGAAGUUAUUUGCUGUCAUCACUGUUGUGGAGACUAACCAGACUUGGGUUGGUGAGGAUGAUUUCCGGGUCAUUAAGCCAACCAUCACCACAGAGGUCGUUGGUGAAUCGGUUGUCGGAAAAUUGGCGGUUAUAUCACUGAAGUUUAAAAACCCAUUGAACAGGGUAUUGAACGACUGUAAAAUCAAUGUCGGUGGUUCAGGAUUCGUCACGGCCAAGGAGAUGAAACUCAACGACGUUACUCCAGGCGAAAUGGUUGAAGAAACGUAUCAAGUCGUCCCGUACAAGUUUGGAACACACAACUUGGUUGUCACCUUUACUUCUAAACAACUCUGCGAUAUCACUGGAUUAGCGACUGUCAAAGUGAUCGAUGAACGCAAACACCUGAUACAGUAA